GCUUUCACGACGGCGAUGCAGAGGAAAUGAACAACAACACAACACAGUGCAGUCGAACAAAAAAUUAAGUAGGCCAUCGAUAGAAUGAUGAUUAAGGAAACGUGAUGCUCUGAGCGUUUCGUAGACGAUGUCUCGUGGCAUUUUAACACUGUUUAUCUUUGUUUGGUUCAGUAUUUCCGAAGGAGGAACUUCGGGAAAUACAACCUGCAAUGACCAUGAAGAAUGCGAAUACAACGAACACUAUAACCCACUCUCACCUUUAGUCCUGUGCAAAAACGUACCACUUGACUUUCUCAACUGCAGUGAACCUUUAGACUUAGGAGGAAAUGAAACUAAAAGGAAAGAAUUAGGAUAUGGCUGUACCAAAUAUGGAGGUGAGCGGUAUGAAGAUGUACAGAAAACAGGAGUGGUGUGUGAUGUUCUACCAGGUAUUGAGUGCUUUGGUAACAGGACAUUUAUAAGGGAAGGAUUUCCUUGCAUAAAGUAUAAUGGACACUAUUUUGUCACGACGCUGAUUUACUCUGUUUUACUUGGAUUUCUUGGGAUGGAUAGAUUCUGUUUGUGUCACACAGGUACGGCGGUAGGGAAACUUCUGACACUAGGUGGCGUUGGUAUCUGGUGGAUUGUGGACAUCAUACUCUUGGUCAAUGGAAUUCUUUUACCUGAAGAUGGAAGCAACUGGGUUCCUUAUUACUGACAAACAUCUUAGUGACUGUGUAUGAGACAGGCAGUGGCAUACAUUGUAGCGCCAUCUUUUAUUUUUAUAUCAUCAAAAGGACAGAGUUUAAUAUGCCUACCAGCAGUACACUAACUGUAUUAAUUUCCCAUCAGUACUAGCAAUGGAGACAGUUUUGCAGCAUAACAGCUGAAUUGUAAACCCUGUCAUAUAGGAGUUAUGGGCCUUUGUUCACUGCAUUACAUCUCGUAGUCUUAAAUACCUAUCAUGUCAAAUUGUGUCCCUGUUUGGAUAGCAGAGUGUCAUUUUUCAGUUGACCUGCCUGACAACCAAAUGACCUUGUACUGUAGUACAUCAUCCUUUGUCUAUCCAUUAUCAUUUUUUUGCUUUGACUACUUUCCUGUCAAAAAUCAAAAGGCAUGGAAUUAUUAUAUUUGACGAGUAUGUUGACAUGUUCCUUGGAUGAAGUCCCACAAAGUUGAGAAAAGAAAUGUCCUUGAUUCCAUAGUCAAGGUCACAGGGGUCAAAUACAUGUAUGUGAAAAAAAUCAUACAAAUGUUUCUCAAAAGCCAAAAGGUCUGCAAUCAAGAUAUUUGCUGGUAUGUUCCUGGGAUGACACUUGACAUAAUUUGUGAUAAGAAAUGACCUUGACCCAUAUUCAAGAUUACAUCAGUCGCCUUUUUAGGUCAACAGGAUGACCUAUAACCAUCGUGUUCCGUCCGUCGUCGUGCACUGUGCGUAAGUCUUUUUAUUUCAAACGCUACUCCUUAACCCUUGGGUGGAUUACUUCCAUAUUUGACUUGAAGCAUCAUCGGGGAAGGGCGGUCAUAUUUUAUAUAAAUGAGGCUGUGGGACCCCUGGGGCCUGAGGGGCGGGGCCCCAAAAGUGGAAAUUCAAUAAAUUUUUGCUAUAAAGUCCUACUCCUCCUUAACCUUUGAG